AUGAAGAUACAAUACCUUAGGAAAUAAAAAGUAAUUUACAUUUUUAAUUAUUUUUUAUAAAAUAAUAAAGGGGAUUAUUUAGACUAAUGUAUUUCUAGUGUUGAUUUAAUUAAUUUCCUUGUUUAAGAUUUUAGAGAUUAUUAAGAUAUUUUAAAUAAUAAAUUAAAAAUCAAAAAUGUAGAAGUAAAUAUAAUUUAACUUGUGCAAGAAACAAUAAAUUUAUUUAUAAAAUAAGCAAAUGAUAAAUAAAUAUAAAUCUAAAAUAUAGUAAAAAAUAAAAUUCCUUAAAUUAUAUAUAUUGAUAAAACUAAAUUUUAACAAAUUCUUGUAAACUUAAUUUCAAAUUCUUUAAAGUUUUCUCCUUAAAAUUCUUCGAUAUAAACAUUUCUAGAAUAAAAAAACGGUUAAAUUAUUUUUAGUAUUCAAGAUUAAGGAAUAGGAAUGACUAAAAAAGAAAAAGAAAGAUUAUAAUAUUUACUAAAAGAAGGAUUUACAGAAGAAAGAAUAUCCAAAAAUUCUUCAGGAUACGGAUUUGGUCUAUCAGUGAGUAAUAUUUUAAUUUAAAAAUUAAACAAAUCAGAUAAUGCAAAUAAUAAAUAGUAAGGACUAAAUUUUAAUUCAGAAAAAUAAAAAGGCUGUUUUUUUUAUUUUUCAAUUAGUUAUAUAGAAUAAAAUAAUUUAUAAAGUAAUUCCAUUAAUAAUCCAACAAUAAUAAAUAUUAAUGAUAAUGAAUAUAUUUAGAUAUAAAGUAAUUCACCUAACAAAUAAAAAUCAAAAAGAAAUACAUAAAUAAAGUAGCUUUUAUUAAGUUAAUUACAAAUAAAAGCAUCUGAAAAAGGAAGUAUCAAUUUGGAUUAAGAAAACAAAGAAAUAAUAAAUACUAAAGUAAGGAGCACAAAAAAAAUAACUAAAUCAAUUUAUGUACUUAACCAAUAUAAUGAUAUUCCCUAUAUUUUAAUUGUAGAUGAUACAUAAACUAAUCAUAAUAGUUUACAAAUAUUUUUAAAUAAAGUAUUUAAUUUUCCUUUAGAAAAUAUAGUUCAUGCAUAUAAUGGUAUGGAAGGAGUUUCUUAAUUUUUAAUUUAUUAAGGUAAAUUAAAAUUAAUUUUUAUGGAUAUUAAUAUGCCUAUUAUGGAUGGAAUGGCUGCCACUUAAAAAAUAAGAAAUAUACUCUAAAUGUAAGUAAAUAGUUAAAGUCAAACUAAAAUAAUUGCAUAUACUGCUUACAAUGAUCCUGAAACUGAAAAAGAAUGUUUUAAUCAAGGAUUUGAUUAUUAUUUAAGUAAACCUGUAAGUAAAUAAAGCUUAGAAUAAGUUUUAUUUGAAAAUAAUAUAUUGUAAAUAUUGGAAUCACAUCAUUGA